UAUGAGAGAGAGAGAGAGAGAGAGAGAGAGAGAGAGAGUUGGGGGGAAAAAAAGAAAUACGAAUCUGAAACAGAGCAGUGGAGGCUUGAGCCUUGAAACUUGGUGGAGUAGACAACAGAAACGUUUCCUUGACCGAAAUACGAUUCCUUUAGCCCUCCACCUUGUUGAGUUUUGUAGGAAAAGAACCCUAAAAGGACUCACACCAAUUGGGAAUUUAAACUCUCUAGUACAGGUGCCAAGUGUGCUGCACGUUCGCAAGUAAGCAGGAGUCUGCGAGUCUCGGUCCAUGACACUAGGGUUAAUCAUUUCACCCCUGCUUUGGUAAUGGCAUGCUCAGAACCUGCCUGUGCAGAAAGGAUUCCAAUACAAGUCAAAGUUAUUCCCAGGAAACCACGGAUUCUACUUGCUGCUAGUGGAAGUGUGGCAGCCAUAAAGUUUGGCAAGCUCUGCCAUUGCUUUUCAGAAUGGGCAGAAGUAAGAGCAGUUGCCACACAGGCAUCUUUGCAUUUCAUAGAUAGGGUGUCACUUCCCAAGAAUGUAGUUCUGUAUACUGAAGAGGAUGAAUGGUUUAGUUGGAAUAGAAUUGGCGAUAAUGUGCUUCACAUUGAGCUGCGCCGAUGGGCUGAUAUAAUGGUUAUUGCUCCAUUGUCAGCCAACACACUUGGCAAGAUCGCUGGGGGAUUGUGCGACAAUUUACUAACAUGCAUUGUCCGAGCAUGGGAUUACAGCAAGCCAUUCUUUAUUGCACCUUCCAUGAACACAAUGAUGUGGAAAAAUCCUUUCACAGAACGACUUCUUAUGUCAAUUGAUGAACUCGGGAUUUCUCUCAUCCCGCCUGUCACUAAGAGGCAGGCAUGUGGGGAUUCUGGCAAUGGUGCAAUGGCCGAACCUGCAGAUAUCUACUCAACAGUAAGGCUUUUCUUCGAGUCAAAGAUUCGACAGGAUGGCAGUAAUAUUCAGCAACUAGCGUUGUAAAGCGGGAAGUUAGUAAUCUUUUAAGAGCAAAAGAAGCUGGCAUUUUUAGGGGCUAUGGAAGAGGUUGGUUGUGAUCAAUGAUCAUCUUGUCUUCUAUCGGGUGCAUUUUUGUUUUUACAUAUAUUGAUUCUGUCUUCCUAUCAUACGGUAUGUACAUCUAGAAAAUGCUUCAAAAAGAGUUUGAUUUGAGCUACAGGUUGCAAA